AUGUGGCUAGCAGCGGCCAUAUUGUCUUUCUUGCUGGUGUUAACCACAGCGACGCCCUGCGAAGAGGCGCGCAUGCGCUGCGCCUAUCGCAGCGGCUGUGGGGCAGCUCUGAACAACUACAUGAUGCUCUGCAACGAUGUUCUAGCCCAGCCGUCCAGUGUCUGCCCGAAGGAAUGUGAACAUGCCCUUAUAGCGCUCACAUCUACUGAAGAAGGAAAGGAAUUGAUGAAUUGUCAAUGCGAGGACGAAUACUGCGUGGACGCAAAGCAGAAGAUCUACGUGUGUCGAGCGCAAGUGUUGAAGGGCGCAGCAGACGCGACGGCUUCGUGUCGCCUCUCUCAGCUGAUCUGUCUGGCAGACGCACAGUGUGCAACCGCCCUAGAUUACUACAACCAGAAUUGUCGCUCAGUGUACCGCGGAAGAAAGUGUUCCAAAAAGUGUCUCAACUCUAUCGAAAUAUUGAGAAAACAGGAGAAAGCCGCUGCGUUGACAGCAUGCCGUUGCGACGGGAAUGAAGAUUACGAUUGUCCCAGGAUGCAAAGCAACUUGGCUAGGCUCUGCUUCCACAAGCACUUGAAGAACCACACCAAAAGCCACGAAAGAGACUACGAAGAGAGGCAUAGGAAAACACAACACCAAGAAGUGUCCUCCUCCAACCACUCCAUUAUAUCGCUUACUUUGAUUGCUCUGUGUCUUCUUCUUAGUUCGUACACGUGA